AGGACAACGUCUGCUUAGAAAUUCUGGGAAAACUUGCGGCGCUGCAGCAGCUUUCGGGGAAGAGCCCGAUCUGUAGCAGAACGGUGUCAGACAGGCGUUGCAGAAAACGGCGUUGAGGUGUUGGGAGGUUCCUGCGAGCCUCAGACUGUGCGAGAGCGACCGGUGCGGAGCGUUGGUUCUGGGGCCGGCGGGGAGCGCUGAAGCAUCCUCCUCCUGAACCUGGUGUUCGGUGACGCCGUGGUUGUGUGGAUAGGAAGCUUGAGAAAGAAUUCACACUGGAUGAAAAUAAUUUUCUGAAGCUGGGUAUAUUCCAGGAACUGUAACCCAAAUGUUUCUCUGUCCGUGGAGAAGAUUUCACGUUUGAAGUAACUUCUACUGAAGCCCUGUAUCGAGGGUGGGAGACAAGAGGAGUGCACCCGGCGCACCUGGGAAACUCAGCCUCCAUUUCUGGAGUAAGUGGAUGCAAAGUAGUGGUAGUUUCAAAGUCAGCUAGUUGUGUCCCAUCAACAUGUUCUGGAAGUUCGAUUUGAACACAACAUCGCAUGUGGACAAGCUGCUGGAUAAAGAAGAUGUGACACUUCACGAGCUGAUGGAUGAAGAUGACAUCUUACAGGAGUGCAAGGCGCAGAACCGCAAGCUGCUGGACUUCCUUUGCCAGCAGCACUGCAUGGAGGAGCUGGUCAACCUCAUCACACAUGAGCCCCCCGUGGAUAUGGAUGAGAAGGUCCGCUUCAAAUAUCCAAACACAGCCUGUGAACUGCUGACCUCGGAUGUGCCGCAGAUCAACGACAAGUUAGGAGGGGAUGAGACUCUGCUGAAUAUCCUCUAUGACUUCUUGGAUCACGAGCCUCCGCUGAACCCUUUGCUUGCCAGUUUCUUCAGUAAGACUAUUGGGAAUCUCAUUGCAAGAAAGACGGAACAGGUGAUUGCAUUUUUAAGGAAAAAAGACAAAUUUAUUAGCCUGGUGCUAAAGCAUAUAGAUACAUCAGCAAUGAUGGACCUCCUGCUUCGUCUGAUCAGCUGCGUGGAGCCCGCGACUCUACGGCAGGAAGUACUGAACUGGCUUAAUGAAGCAAAAAUUAUUCAGAGACUUGUGGAACUGAUCCAUUCAAGCCAGGACGAGGAUAGGCAAUCAAAUGCUUCCCAGACCCUGUGUGAUAUCAUACGAUUGAGCAGAGACCAGAGCAAUCAGCUCCAGGAUAUACCCGAGCCUGAUCCACUUCUCACAGCACUGGAAUCGCAGGAAUGUGUGGAGCAACUCCUGAAGAAUAUGUUCGAUGGAGAACAGACUGAAAAUUGCAUCGUGAAUGGAACACAAGUUCUUCUGACGUUGCUGGAAACGAGGCGCUCUGGAGUGGAAGGACUGAUGGACUCGUACACUCAGGGAUUUGAAAGGUCUUACACUGUCAAUAGCAGCAUCUUACAUGGUAUUGAACCACGGCUAAAGGACUUCCACCAGCUGCUGCUCAGCCCUCCCAAGAAAACAGCAAUCCUAACUACAAUUGGUGUCCUGGAGGAGCCACUGGGGAAUGCUCGUCUUCAUGGCUCUCGUCUAAUCGCUGCUCUGCUCCACACAAACACUCCCAGUAUCAAUCAGGAACUAUGCAGACUCAGUACCAUGGAUUUAUUACUUGAUUUAUUUUUUAAAUACACAUGGAAUAACUUUUUGCAUUUCCAAGUGGAAUUGUCCAUAGCAGCUAUUCUGUCCCACUCUGUGCAAGAGGGGAAAACUACUACUAACGACCUAGAAAGCAAAGAAGAGGUGCUGAAUGGAAACGUGGCCUCCGAGAACUUGGAGCCUCCGGAAAACAGGACCGAGAAUAUCAUGGUUACUCAUCUGUUCCAGAAAUGCUGCCUAGUGCAAAGGAUACUGGACGCCUGGGAAGCCAAUGACAAAAUACAGGCAGAAGGUGGAAUGAGGCGAGGCAAUAUGGGGCACCUCACCCGCAUCGCCAAUGCUGUAGUGCAGAACAUGGAGAAGGGCCCCAUGCAGACUCAAAUUAGUGAGUUCAUUAAAGAGCUACCUGAAGACUGUAGAGGGAGAUGGGAGAGUUUUGUAGAAGAGACGCUGACGGAAACAAACAGGAGGAAUACGGUGGAUUUGGUGAGCACUCACCAUCUGCACUCUUCCAGCGAGGAUGAAGACAUUGAGAGUGCUUUUCCCAAUGAACUUUCUCUCCAGCAGGCCUUCUCCGAGUACCAGAUCCAGCAGAUGACAGCUAACUUUGUGGAUCAGUUUGGCUUUAACGAUGAGGAGUUUGCAGACCAGGAUGAUAAUAUCAAUGCGCCCUUCGACAGGAUCGCAGAGAUAAACUUCAAUAUAGACGCCGAUGACGACAGCCCCAACGCUUCCCUCUUUGAAGCCUGCUGCAAUGAACGGAUCCAACAAUUCGAUGAUAACGAGGAGGAAGAAGAUAUCUGGGAAGACAAGGAGAUAACCUAUGCAACCCAAGUUAAAUCAAGAACACGAUUUGGAGCAUCUCAGACCUCAGAGAGCUCGUCAAAAAGUGAUCUUGAGAAUGGAGAUCAUGAUGGUAGCGUGGACUCCGAAGAAGAGGAGGAAACGGAACAGCAGCCGCCGCCUUCCUCAGCAAACACAAACAAGAAUAAUAUUUCUGAGCAGAAAGACUCUGACUCCUCUGAAGGGUCGGGAUGGACGGCUGUGUUCGAGCCCGUGAACUCGAAGCCGCCCGCACCCUGCGUUGCCAUGGAUGUUGGAUCGAGCGUAUGGGAUUCGGCAGCCCCCGAGAACACCGCGCCGGAGGAGAAGGGAUGGGCAAAGUUUACAGACUUCCAGCCUUUCUGUUGCUCAGAAUCAGGUCCGCGAUGCAGUUCUCCUGUCGACACAGAAAGCAAUGAUUCCGAUGGAAACCCAAAGCAGAGUCAAGACAAGAACCUCAGCACUGCCUCUCCCUGUGUCUGGAACGUCUGCGUCACGAGGAAAGCGCCGCUGGUGGCCUCUGACAGCAGCUCCUCUGGCGGCUCUGACAGCGACGAGGAGGAGGAGAAGGCUGAUAUCGUCACAGAAACCAUCAGCACAGGCUCGGGCCAGGAAACCAUCAAGCUGACCAUGGAUGCUAAAAACGAGAAGGCCGUUUUCACCAGCGACGCAGACUGCAUGGUUAUUGAUAAGCUGGCCAUCGCCGACAUGGGAACGACAAAAGCAUCCAAACCCCUGAACAACGUGGCCCAGCACCCGGAGGAGCACCAGAACACCGCCGCUGUCGUCACCGCUGUCACGGAAACGGCCACAAAAGACAGGAAAGAAGAAGCCUUGCCCUGUGCUGAAGCCACAUUAAAUGGCCCUGCUUGAUGAACCGGAUGCAAUGGGACGUGUGUGAUCCAGGCCAGGCUGCUACCUGGUGAUGCAAUUUUAAUA